CUCGGCAGGUCAGCGGCACGACGUCGCCGCGCAACGGCUUUGACGGCGCAGACCAGCAGCCUUCCACGCUCAAGGGCUGCUCGAUGCGUCAUCUGGCCGGUGUUCUUGUCGGCGUCCAGUUGGCAGUGUCAUGGAUCGAUCGUGCAACGAGACUGUUUUCAAUGCGAAUCGCCACCGCGGAGAUCUGCUCUUUUCGUUGGGCAUCUGAUCAUGGCCCAUUCCUGUGGAAGGCGACCCUUUUUAGCAUCUUUGCUAGUUACUGCCCUAGCGGGCAUUGGGUGUUCUGAGGCCGGUCGCAGAGACAGGGCCACCCGCGCUGCUCUGGAUCCAUCUCUUCUGCAUAUAUUCGGCCGUGUUCGGCAUGUGCCCACUGUCUGAAGUUUGACUGAGGCCAUUUGCGUCUCAAGCCAUCUUGGCUUCUGUGAUUGCUCGGGGCCCAUGGUGCCAGCUCCGCGUCGCAGGCGCCCGAGCGGCGAGAGCUUCGCGCGCACGCCCCCGCCAGUCUGGGAAUGCUGUCGCGUCUGUGCUCCUCCUCGCGACCGUGCCUCUGGUCCUGUUCGUGUGCACUGAUGGCGUGCGCUGCGAUCUACUGCGAUUCUUUGGUGGCUGCGUGCGUGCGACCGCUGGGCAUCCAUGUUCCGGGCGCUUUGCCGUCCACGAGUGCUGCCUUGAGCGCCCAGUCUCCCUUGCAGGGCCAGCUGCGAGGCCAGUCCCAGCGAUAUUCUCACAGCGGUUUCCGUGUUCCGCCUGUCCUGCCGCCGACGAGUACCGCCACGGACGCUCAGGCCCUUGUCGGGGGCGUGCAGGGCAGCUUCGACGGACAUAUCGCACAGGGACAGCCAGAGGGCCACCUCGGUAGGCCGAGCGAAGUCCAGCGUCACGAUCAGCAAUCCUCCGAUGCCUGCAUCGCCUACGUCCGGCGCGUCCUGAAGGCUCAGUUCGACACGCUGGCCUCUGAGCUAGUUUCUUAUGGACAGAACGGCUCGAGGCGACCCGCGAAGCUUCCAGAAGUUUUUAGAGGUUGGCCACAGCGCUUUUCUGAGACUGGCCAUGGCAAUCUCUUCCGGGACGCUUUGGACGCCAGAGGAGAUUUCGAGGAGCAGUUGGUGGCCAGGUUCAUGCUCAGUGGCUCGAAAGGUCGAGACUUGAGCGUUUCUUGCCCUUGGGGCAGCGCCAGCGCUCACACUGAUGGCUUGCUGGGUGGGCGCUGGGCGCCAACUUCCCCGUCCGAGCUGCCAGCUCACUUCACUUUGGAUGAGAUUGCUUCCCUGCGCGGUACGCAUCUCUCCGAAGACAAGCCCAGCGACUGCUCGGUGGAUGGACACGCUCAGCAUCCAGGUGACAGUCGGGCCUCUUCCCUCGAGCCACUCACCUUGCACUGGUCUGGCUGCGACGGAGGGGCCUGCAAGGGAAUCCGCGGGAUCGCUCGCUGGAUGGCGGCGACGGGACUGCGCGGCCCUCUGCUCUUCGUCGGGGACUCGGUGACGAGGCAGCGGCACGCCGCCGCCGUCUGUGACCUGCGCCGGUCCAGCUGCGCUCUGCGCCACCGUCGGCAGGGCCGAGAUCGGUUUCCUCUUGAUCUGCGCUAUCUGGAAGUCGAUGAUGGCGGAGGUCGCAUAUGGUCUGGUGGCUUGAAGAUGGCUCUGUACACGUCCGUGAGGAACUCAUCCGUCGUUUUGAUCAACAUCGGCCUGCACGGUACUGGGACUGUGCGGGAAGUGGUCGAGCUCCUGCUGAACGCGUCACGCGAGAAUCCAUCGACGCGGAUAGUGUGGGCGGAGACUACAGCGACGCAUUUCGAAAACGAUGCAGGCUAUUACCAGCAUCAGGUCGAGUGUCCUCAUGCAGAUUUGAUGCGUGGCAACUCGACGUGCCAGCUUCCUGCCGAUCUGUGGUGCAGCCCUUUUGAUAUCCGCAUCUUCGGAAAUUCGAUCUAUAACAACGAGACGGCUAAGGUGUUUCAGGAGCUAGGCGCUGAUAGUGUCAUACCUGUGCUGCCGAUCCACGCCCUCACGCAGGGCAGAUGGGAUAUGCAUCCCGAGACACGAUCAGAUGCAUUCAGCCGCGUCGAGGGUAAGAACGGCCGUGGCGAUUCUGUGAAGUUCACGCGUGAUUGUACGCACUGGAUUUAUUCUCCAGCCUUCUACGCACCGCAGUGGCAGAUGAUGCUGGACGUGCUCCAGAGCACAAACAAAAAGGGAUUUACUUUGAGCUCCCUCGAUUGCGAGGAGGUUCCAGGCGAAACGCUCCGUCCGACCUGUCGACACAUUUAGUGGUACGACGCCGAAGGGUCGGCGGAUUUGAUUAUUCAUGUGGCGAGAAGGGUCGGGGAGGACGACGACGAAGCGCCACGGAGUCGACUCUCUCGAUCUGCGACCUGAGUCCGAAAGUCGACCGAGACCACGGCGUCGACCACUCCAGCCUCUGGAGGAUAUGCUGAAGCCGAUCGCCGUCUUCUGCCCUACACCCCCCCGUGCGAGGUGCAGCCUCUCCAGAAGAGGAGCAGGGCCGAGGCAGACCCAGCAAGCUCCACUGAUGCUGCAGCACGCUGCUCCAUUCCAGUUUUGCCCCGUGCCCGCCCCCACUGCAGUCGCGGCGCUGAGCCGAGGACCACUCGGGGCUCGCGAGGGGCUCCCGUUUUCGGGCCGCUCCUUCUCUCUGGGCCAAGGGACCUGCUCGUGGCCGACGCUCCCCGUCGCCGGAGAAGCCCGUCCGUUCCUUCUUCGGCGCUCCUCGAGGUAGCAUGGUGACUGUUCGGCGGGCGCCCGCGGGUGUGGUGCGGCUCCUGGGCAUGCCACGGGGCUGAUGCCUGGGGUGGCUGACACGGUGAUGCGACUGCAGCCCUGCCGCGGGUGCGGGCAUUUGGGAUGGCCCGGCGAGUCAGACCUGGU